UCUUAUUGUCCCGAGGAGGGCGAGGGCUGCGCUGAUGUUCAUGCUGCCUGGUUUGUUGUGUGAAGCAGAAGAAACCGUUUGAUAGGGACGUUUUCCCGUCACAAGAGCACAUUUAUCCACUGUUAAGUUUGUCAUUUAUUUCUUUUUAAUAACUUACCAAAGAGGACAGCAGUCGCUUCAAGCUAGCUAACGAGACUGAAAGUUUCGUCCAGAGUGAAGACCGAUGGGAGCGAAUGAAGCGGGGCUGUAUUUGGAUUUUUCUCUCUGUCAGUACCGUUGUCAACGAAAAUGUACUUUGCACCUCAAAGUGCUGCGGAUAUAAGACACGUUUGCCUCCGUUGGGCUGCAUGAAAUUUGCUCUAACGUUACAUUUGGUAUCACUUUGGCACUUCAUUCCGUAACGCUAAGUAGCUUCAGCUAUCUUGUCUGCCCUGUAACUCAAGAGGUUUGUAAAGUAAAAGGAGAAGGGGGGAGAAUGACACUCAACUAACUCAAGAAGACACGUGAAAACGUAGAGGAACCCUGUGGCACUGUGGCACUCCUAAACUAUUCUGUCCAGGAUUAAUUAACCGUAAGCAGACUCACUGGGUCAGCAGUGUUUCCAUCCUGCAUUCUGAUGAAAACCCUCAUAUGUUCACCAAUGGAGAACUGAGGGCGAGCUUGCACACAGCCCCCCCUCAGCAUGCUGGCUCUGGGGCUGGAGCAGGCCAGGCGAGGGGGCGGAGUGGUUGGUGGCCUGCAGAAACGGGGCACCGUGGCCUGGAAAGCCCCUUCCUCAGGAAGGCCCCCUUCUCAUGAGCAAGGCAUCAACAUCAGGCAGAAGAUAAACCAGUGGGAAGGCCGCAGUCACCAGUGCAGCAGUCAGGAUGUCGGGGUCAAAGCACACCCUCCUGUCGUAUCCCGAACUCUGUCCGCAGAUCUCCUCGGGAAUGGGAUUUGUAGCAGUGGCUCAAGAGGCGGACUUCAAGGCAAAACUAGCCUCUCUAAAACUAAGAGCCUUGGCUUAGAUUUCCGGGAAGCACAUGCUGGACAUACAGCAGCUGGCAGAAAGUCAGAGCCCACUCAUAAUUGUUCCAGUGAAUUUUCAGCCAGAACCCCAGGAAAUAAGCCUCUUGUACAUUGGUCUCCUAAAGUGGAUGCUACUAAUCCUCCAGCUAAACAAAUUAUCACCACCAACGGGGACCAAAAAACUGACUGCAUCUUGGACGUUGAGGUUCUGUCUAAACCUCUAUCUCUACCAGCUGAUGACCAAGAAGACAACAUGCCCGCAGGGAACUUCUACACUUCUAGAGGUUUCUGGCGGAGGCUUGAGGGGGACAGAUUACUCUGGGAGAAAGGAGAAGCUCAGCCUCCACCCAAACCUCAGCGGACAUUCCAGUAUCGGGGCACCAGUGCCACUAUGGGGCAAGCGGUCCAGUGGGAUAGCAGAUUGUCUCCUAACAACCACAUAAAUGCAAAGAGCAGUGGGAUAGCCCACCCACCCAGCUUCCCGCCUCCUCCAUGUCCUGCUGCUAAGAACGAUGGGUUUUCGAGACAUAGGAAGAACAGGAAGUCUUUUGAGUACGAGGAUGCUGUGCGUCUGACCGCCAAGCAAGGCACGCUGGGAGGCGAGGGCAGGCACUCGGGCCUCUACCAUGCCUUCUCUGAUGACAAUAUUUACGAAGACAUCGUCUGUGAAGUGACAAGGGAAAACCCCUAUGAGGAUGUGACACUGUCUCCCAUGUGCCUCCCUAUCACACGGACCCGACCCAGGACUGUUGCUUCAAGACAGAACCCUCAUGCCCCGAAGCUCCCUCCGAAGCCCCAGACUUUGCGAGGCUAUGCUAGCAAAGUGGAACAGAAGGAGUCCCACAAAUUAAUGUCCCCCAGCCCCUCAGCCUUUGCAGAUACUCCCAAACAAGUCACAUCCCGGCGCACCAGCACUCAGAAAACACAGAAGCUGCCUCAGUAUGUCAACAAGAUUGAGACGAUUUUUGACGCCAAGCGAGGGAAGAAGAGGGUGAAGACCCAGACACUUCGAGAGGAGACCAGCGGGACGGAGAGUGACCCUGAGGACAACACUAAAGCAGGCUCCAGGCGGUCAGUCUACAUCCAGUCAACACUGAAGCGCCGGCCGGGCUACCGCACCCUGGAGAGGGACCUGAUCCAGCUCCAGCAGCAGCAGCUCUUCCAGAUCUUUGUGGUGGUGUCGCUGAGAAAGGGCUCCUCAGGAAACGCCUACUCUCCUGAGAUCACACAACAGUUCCCCAAAAUGUUUGAGAAGUCGUCUCGCCACUCCAGAGACGCUGAGGAUCGUCUGAAAGCCAUUCCCAAGUUCUGUUUCCCAGACUCACAGGACUGGAGGCCGUCAGCAGACGUACCAAGUGAGACCUUCUCCUUUGUUCUGACGGGAGAAGACGGCAGCCGCUGGUUCUGUUACUGUCGCAAGAUCCUGCCCAGUGGAAAGGGGAAGAGGCUUCCUGAAGUGCACUGUAUCGUCAGCAAACUGGGCUGUUUCAACCUGUUCGCAAAGAUCUUGGAGGAGGUGGAAAGACGGCGGGAGAUUUCCCCGGCGCUGGUUUACCCCUUCAUGCGCAGCGUCAUGGAAGCCCCAUUCCCGGCUCCUGGACGCACCAUCACAGUGAAGAGCUUCCUCCCUGGUGCUGGGAGCGAGGUUUUGACCCUGUGUCGACCUGUGGACUCCAGGCUGGAGCACGUGGACUUUGAGAGUCUGCUGCAGUGUCUCAGUGUUGGGAAACUCCUGCAGGUGUUUGCCUCCCUGCUGCUGGAGAGGAGGGUCAUCUUCAUCGCUGACAAAUUGAGUGUGCUGUCUCGGUGUGGCCACGCAGUGCUGGCGCUGCUCUACCCGUUCACCUGGCAGCAUACCUUUGUGCCCGUGCUGCCGGCCAGCAUGCUGGACAUCAGCUGCUCCCCCACCCCGUUCCUCAUGGGGGCGCUGGCACCCUGCCUGCCCCAGCUGCUGGAGCUGCCCAUUGAGGAGGUGCUCAUAGUGGAUCUGUGUGCAGACAAGUUUGUCGUUCAGCUGGGCGAUGAAGACUGCAUCCUGCCCAGUAAACUGCAGGCAGCGCUGCAGCAGAUCCUGGAGGAGAGGGACGACCUCUUGAGACAGGAGGACGCUGACAGCUCAGGAGGUCAGCAGGCAGAGCUGAGCUCACUGGUGUCGGAGGCUUUUGUUCGGUUCUUCGUGGAGCUGGUGGGCCAUUACCCCCUCCACAUGGUCGAGACCUCCAACGGAGGCAAGGAGCUGCAGCGUGACAGUUUCCGCAAAUCUCAUCCCUCCCGUGGAGUCCGCCAGUUCCUGCAGCUCUUCAUGGACACUCAGAUGUUCGCUGGCUUCAUUCAGGACAAGGAGCUGCGCAAGGGAGGGGGCAAAGGUCUCUUUGAAGUCAGAACAGCUGAGUAUCUGGAUUCAUAUCCUGAACCAGAGCCAAGUGGUGUGAACAAAUUCCUCAAAGGACUGGGGAAUAAGAUGAAGUUCCUACAGAUUAAAUGAGAAAAAGGAGGUGGAAUCCUUGUGUGAACAGAAGGGCGCGGUACAGUCAGCUCUGCUCCACAGUGAAGAGUUUGGCUCAUAGAGGAUUUAUCUCAUAGGUGUGGAUGCACAUAUAACAUAGAACAGUGCACUUGUCAUUGGAAGAAACUGGAAAUGUUUGUUUGUUUGUUUGUUUUUUGGUUUUCCCUUUUAUUUCUACCAUAGUUUUACGAAGACAUUGGGACCAGGCACUCAGCCCUAUGAAUCUACAGAAUGCAUUUCAGCUACUUAACCUCAGUUAUUAACUUGAACACAUAUUGUUGUACCUAACUAUUAAUCUUGUGAGUUCUUUUCAUUCAGUGUAACUGUUUGGUCCAAGUGUUCUAGAAAUAGAUGUGUUUUUAUGUUGUUGAAUGUAAGCAUGUCUAGUUGGAAGAAGAGAAAUGUUUUUUUUUUUUUUUUACUCCAGACUUGGAUUCAGCUCUUACACAAUAAUGUUUGCAUUUACAGUUUAUAGUGCAUGUGAAUGCACUUACAUAUGUCACAUUUCAAUACUUACAUACUUUAGGAGAUGAAAGUAAUUUAUGUUUUUCCAGCCAACAGCAUGUUUAGAUAAUAACUGCUGGAUUACGGUUCCACUACUUGCGUUCCUUUUGGCACAUUCUGUAAAAACACAUUCUGUUUCUGUCUCGUUUGCAUUUCAGAUUGACGGGAGGUUUAUGUGCUCUGAGCACACAUUUCAAAGUAUUUGGACUCGGAAUACAUCUCAUGUAUCCAACAUUUAGUCGGACCAAAAUGAAUAUCUGUAAAUGUUGAGGAAGCUCCAAUUUUUUUUCACAGGUCUGUCUUACCUUGAAUUGACUUUUCUGUCAACUGGAGUUGGAAAUACUUUAUAUCUACUUUACAUUUUGCACAGUGUUGAGAAUCAGUGUACAGUCUUUUGAAUAUUUUUGUAAGCAUGUUCAGCAUACUUUUUAAAUAAAUGUGUUCCCACGGACAGUAAGUAUUACUUGUCCAC